UCGCCUAUAUAUACAACACCAUAUCCAGACUACCACCAGCAACAACUAGACCAAUCUUUCUAACCUUUCACUUCUUACACAAACACAUCUUCUUACAACUUUCACCUUCUUGCCUAACACAUCUGACGAUGGCGAUCGUACAAAAGCUUAGAAGGUCUUUAUCGAGGGAAAGAAGAUGGGCGGAAGUUCCAAAGGGGCACUUGGCGGUUUAUGUUGGGGAGUACGAUGAAAAGAAACGAUUCGUCAUUCCGGUGUCCUUUUUGAACCAUUUGUCCUUCCAAGAAUUGUUGCUUCAAGCUGAAGAAGAAUUCGGAUUUCAUCAUCCAAUGGGAGGCCUCACCAUCCCAUGCAGCGAGGAUUUAUUCAUCGAUCUCAUCUCUCACUUGAGUCCAUUGUAACGAAUAUAAGUUCAUAAACAAAUAGAUAGAGAAGAUACACAGCACAUACAUUUCUUCUGAUUUCUUCCUGAUUUUUCAGACUCGGAUACUUUUAGACAUCAAUGGAUAUUUAUGUACCAAAAAAUAAUGUAAUAUUUAGACAAAGAUUAUAGAAUACUAACACAUUACAACAUUUAUCAACUAUAUUACAACAAA